AUUGGGUUAAUCCAAGACAUGUGGGCGGGAAGGCGUCUUAGACAAGAUCAUCUGGCGCCCAAUAUUCAUCCACAACAUGCCACUAGCCGCAACCUACCUGCCUGAGUGGUAUGGGAACGAGUGUCGAAGCAGCGGUAAACCUCUGGUGCGAUUUUGGUAUCACACAGCCGUCCCAUUCCUGUCUAUCUGCUUCACGUCAGAACUGAACACAGCACUGACGGUGAGAAAUAGAAAACAAUCCAGUAGAUCCAGACAUCUCCGGCCUCUUCAUUAUCUCGAAACGGGGAUCUGUUCAAUUUUAGUACGUAUAUGCAGCCCAGCUGUGCUCUGCCUCUUCUUAUGUCCUUCUGACUGCCUCAUCUUACUUUUGUGCACACAAUGCUGCCCAUGUUCUCGCAGCCAGCUAGGGAUUAUACAUACACCUAGGACAGCCAGCCGUCUAGGAUCCGGGAUGGCGCAGACUGGCCGCCGUCCUCGUAUAACCAAUACUGUCCGAGUAUUGGCUCAUCGGCAUUAUUGGAGGAUGGGAACAGUCCAUAGCCCAGGUGAGUGAUUCCCUCUUCAAUCGACGUGAUAUGCAGCAACCGAGUCACAACAUCACAGCUCUCACGCUCGUUGAACCAUUGACGUGGUCAUCAUAAUCGGGAUAUCCAGACCAGCGGGCUCGGUUGCACAAAAGGUGGGGGCCUGGGCAGCAGUGUUGUUGCCAUUCAUCACCAGUCGGUGACAAGGCGGGCGCGCGGUGAUCUCCAUAAACGGAAAUCUUCGAGGCUAAUUCCGUCUUGCAAUUGGCUCGGGCCCGGUGGACCUUGAUAGCCGGCACACACGGCCGGAUUGCCUUGCUUCCCCGCGAGGGGAACAUCAAUCUAAAUCUCGUACGUCUUGACGACGGUCAGCUUACACAGUACUCACGUCUCGUUUCCUGUUCGGCACGGCCCUAUUCCCUUUGGUGGUGAGGGGAAGCGAGGGAGGGAGGGAAGAGCUGGAGAGGAUGAAAAGAGAUGGCCGCGCGGGUAUUCCAAUUCUCCGCUUACAGAAGCAAAUCGCACAACCCAAUGUUCUCGAAUUAGUUCGCGACCAGCUUUCGUAGUACCUUGUUGCCAUGUCUCUGGAGGUGAAAGAUAGGUCUCAAAGAAGUGGAGUCUCAAAGUCCCCGAAAAUGCAGGGUAGCAGGCGGGAAUCACACACAGUGUCUAUCCCUUGAUCACUCAACUUGCCUUUCCUCCUAUUAGGGGGACUGGACUGGAUUCCUUUAGAUACACUCUUCCUUCCGUGAGUUUGUAACUUAGCCGAACCCGGGAGAAAGAAAGAAACCCAGCCGUGGGUUUCUGAUGACGGGAUGCCGUGGUGCCCGUGCCCGUGCCCGUGCCCGUAAGCGGUCCCCGGAACCUGGACCCUGCCAGGAAUGAC